AUGGAAGCAGGAGAAUUAGGGAGAAUAAGAAAGAGAUCUUUCUUAUUCUCCCUACCUUUAUUUCUUUUGCUACUACUUCUCUUUUCUCUUUCUUCCUGCUUUCUUUUGUCUUCAUCACUUCAACAUCUUUUUUUUCUCUCUCUCUCGCUCUCCCAUAUUAAAUCAUCUUUCACACAGUUACUUUGUUUCUUUUUCUAUCUCUUUUUCUCUAAAUUUAUAUUUCUUGUGAUCUCUCUCUUUAUUUCUUUCUCUUUCUUCUCUGUAGACUACAUGUUAAUUCUAUACUUUCUCUCACUCAUUUCCUUUCAUCCUCUCUUACACUGUUUCUUUUCCUAUCCGUUUCAUUCUCUCUCAAAUUCAAGUUCUCUCUCUCUCUCCCUCUCUCUCUCUAUCUCUCUCCCUCUCUCUAUCUCUCUCUAUCUCUCUCUCUCAUACUUCCUUCUUUCUCUUCCUUUCUUCCCAUUGCCUCUUAUUUUACUUGAUGAAUUGAUGGAUGUGAACAAAAUCAAAUUGACAGAAAGAUACGGAGAGUGUGAGAUCGAUAGAUCACUUAAUCGAUAG